AAGAGGCUUUCAGUUGGCGGCAGCAUGUCAUCUCAGCACGCUCUUGAUAGUGCAGUGAUCUGCUCAAUCACGUCAUGUGUGAUAGUUAUAUGAUGCUUUCUUAUGGUGCUGCCGGUUCAACCCAUUACCUCAUGAGUCAUCGAUUAGCAGUGGUACGGGGUAAGCCGAUUUAUUGGAACGCUCCGCAAAGAGUUAAGUUAGUAGCUUCUUGUGUAUUGAAGGGAACCGUAUUAUGUUCGUUACGCUGUUUGUAAGAUGAACUUUAUAGCUUAUUUUUUACUGAGUUUGGUGACGCUAGUGCGCUCACAGUUCGACACAAAUCAAUGGAAUAAUCGGAGUGGGAUAGUGCACCUGUUCGAGUGGAAAUGGCAAGAUAUAGCAGAUGAAUGUGAACGUUUUUUGGCUCCGAAAGGUUAUGCAGGAGUUCAGGUAUCACCACCAACGGAAAACUCGAUCGUGAAAGAACCCAACAGACCAUGGUGGGAACGUUAUCAACCGAUUUCAUACAGUUUGGAGACUCGUUCGGGAUCAGAGAAGCAAUUUGCUGAUAUGGUCCGUCGAUGCAAUUCUGUUGGUGUGAGAAUAUAUGUAGAUUUGGUGAUAAAUCAUAUGGCUGCAAUCACUUCCAAUGGAGGAACAGGGGGAUCCACUGGAAAUUCAGACGCGAUGCAAUACCCAGCUGUGCCUUAUGAGCGAAAUGACUUCCAUGAGCCUUGCUCUAUCAAUGAUUACAACGAUGCCGCGCAGGUCAGAAAUUGUCAACUAGUAGGAUUACCGGAUCUAAACCAAACGACGCAAUGGGUGCAAGAUAGAAUUGUAGAUUUGAUGAACAAAUGUGUUGAUUAUGGUGUGGCAGGGUUUCGAGUGGAUGCAGUUAAACAUAUGUGGCCAGCUGAUCUUAAAGUGAUUUACGAAAAAGUGAAGAACCUCAAUUUAACUCACGGGUUCAAAUCUGGUGCUCGACCUUUCAUUACGCAAGAGGUAAUCGACUUGGGAGGUGAAGCAAUAUCGCGAUAUGAAUACACUGACUUAGGAUCCGUGACCGAAUUCCGAUACUCGGUGGAAAUUGGUCGUGCUUUUCGUGGUGGUAAUCAACUGAAGUGGUUGAGUAGCUGGGGAACAGCAUGGGGAUUCAUGCCUUCCAGCUUGGCGCUUGUGUUUGUUGAUAAUCAUGAUAAUCAACGGGGUCACGGUCCGGGAGGAAGCGACAUUUUGACGUACAAAGAUUCCAAGAGUUAUAAAAUGGCCAACGCAUUUAUGCUAGCUCACCCGUAUGGCAUUCCCCGUGUAAUGAGUUCAUUUGCAUUUGAUUCAUCGGAUCAGGGACCCCCUCAAGACGCCGAAGGGAAUCUUAUAUCACCAUCAAUUAACAGAGAUGAUAGUUGUGGGAAUGGAUGGACUUGCGAACACCGAUGGCGACAGAUUUACAACAUGAUUGGUUUCCGGAAUGCAGUCGCUGGUACUCAGAUAAAUGAUUGGUGGGAUAACGGAAACCAGCAGAUAUCAUUCUGUCGUGGAGCGAGGGGAUUUAUUGCAUUCAACUUGGAUACCUACGACUUCAAUCGAGAGGCACAGACAUGUUUGCCAAAUGGAACGUAUUGUGAUAUAAUCUCUGGUAGUGCUGUAAAUGGGACCUGUACUGGAAAGAGUAUUGCUGUAGGUCCAAACGGACGUGCAAGGAUUCAUAUUCCUGUUACCGCGCAAGACGGUGUUCUAGCGAUUCACAUAAACGCUAAGUUAUAGAGGUCAUCUGUUGCCAUGACAUCGUACAAUAUGCUCAUUGUACAUGCAAAUUGAACAAAUCGGAGUUUAUUUCUCAUAACCUUGUUGGUUUCCCACAUUCGAUUAUCUUCAAUUUUCUCUAGACUCGAUAAAUCACUUAAAAGGAAUCAGAUUUUAGUUUUAUUACGUCGUUUAGAAGCGUUCCUUCCUCCAGCGAAACAUUCAUUGCUCGCCAUUUCACCGUUACACCGUCCAUCCUCGACCAGCUUAUGCAGGAUAGGCAAACAAUGCCUAAUAGGAGCAUAUUAUGGUUCUUUAUUACGACCCUUGGUACGGCAUAUGUACGACCCGAGUAGACUCACUCACAAAUUGCUGACCGUAAAUGUAAAUGGCAAUGCACCAGAGCGACCACAGCAAGUGAAAUUUACAUGCAUAUGUACGAGGAUAAUGGCAAGAUAGUUCAAGUCCAGACACGAAUCUCACCACAAACAGAAGCUCACUGGAAAUUCCCGUAAGUCGCGAUUGCCUGUACUCAAAGGAGAAUGAGACUAAUUAAUAAUAGUGCUUAAGUGAAUGAAUUAUGUAACAUCAUAAUCAUGGGUCGUGUUAAGUUAUUCAGUUGUAUGCAAUAGCGGGUAAAUUUAUUUUUAGUCUAGUUAUGUUGGUUUAUUGAGCUACAUUGUACUAUGUGCUGUGAAGCCAUGAUUAAAAGCGCAGCAAGAAGUAAAUAAAACUA